UAUAGACAAUCCUCCUGUUGCUGAUGUUUGAUUAAUUGAAUCAAAGUGUUAUGAAUUUUUAAAACAAUGUCUGAUCUAUUGACAACGAUGCCAUCUUCUACCGAUCUGAAUGAAUCUUCAUUGAAUAAUUCAGAGGAUAAAAAAGAUUCCAUAUUGCAACUAUUUCAAUAUGAUCUGGAUCGUCAUCGUAUGCGUGAAGUUUGGGACAUGUUCAAUCGAGUUGUCGUUACAGAAAUACAUAAUAAUGGUUCAUAUAUCGUAUGGGAUCUAGUACCGAUCAUAUGUCAACGUCUUCGUGGCCUAAGUGAAUUUCGUUUCAAAACAUUUAGCAUGUGUCGACAAAUUCUGCUCGAUCUAUGUGAAAUUUGUAAUCCAAAAGAGCUUUUGAUUAUUUAUCUAUCGGAGCUUGAAAAUGAUUUAAAUAUAACCAGAUAUUCGAAACGUAAAGAUCCGAAUCAAGAACAGCCAUCAUCAUCUUCGACCGCUGUGAAUGAUGAAAAUGACGAUGAUGUGGAAGAUAUUGAAAUAACCGAUAGUAAUUGUUUCAAAGCAUUACUCAAACCAUUUGAAGUGAUUCUAUUGAAAUUACCGAAAAAACGAAAUGAAACAUUGAAAUCAGUGUUGAGCUCGCUGAACGAACACAUAAGUAGGCUAUCAUUAAGUUCUAUUACCAAAUAUAAUCCCGAAACUGAUGAUCGUUUUAAAUUAAUGCUUGAUCCGGUGGUAAAUAACCUUAAUUCUGUACUAUCGAUGUAUGUGGAUUUUCUCGAAACAUUUGUCAAAGAAGUUGACCUAUACAAUCCAACCACUAGCCAUCAUCAUCAUCAAAUGUUGAAUAAUAUUCUCAAAACAUCAGAUCCAAAUAUACAGCGCAUAACAUUAUUGAAAACAUUAUUGCUAAUGUUGGAAUAUCCGCUUAAAUACAUGGAUCUUUAUCGAGUGAAUGGUAAAGAAAGUAUCAUUCAGGGCAUCAAACAAGCUGGUACAAAUUUAUCGGCAUUGUUCAAUGAAGAUUUCAUUACAAGUCGAAUGAUUGCCGUGAAAAUCGUACGGCUAAUAUCAUCAUUGCAUUCAAAUUUCUAUACUCUAUUAUCGCGAACCGAUCUUAUUACAUCACCUGAAGAUGUAGAAUCAAAUUCCGAUUGUUCCGAUGUUUAUCUAUCGCAAACAAAUUUUCAAUCAGCCAUGUCCAUUCUGAGCUAUCUGUUGGCCACCGAAUCUGAGCUUUCUCCUUCGAAUUUUAUGCCACGUGUUUAUACACAUGUAUACAAUCUGGGUAUAUAUCUGCCAUACAUACAAAACCUGGUGGAAGAUCAACAAUUUUUUGUCUAUGAAAAAGGUCUUCAUCUAUUGGCAGCAAUGUUAGCACAUAUUAAAGAGGAAAGUUUAGAAGCUAAUUUUCUUGAUCUUUUACGCCAACAUCCGAUUGAAAAGUCAUUGACAUCUAUUAUGGUAUUCGCAUUGGAUAAACAUAGCCGUACUACAGCGUUAUUAUUAUUCAAACAAUUAGUGAAUUGUUUUGAACCAUCUGGCCGUUAUAAGAUUCUUUAUUCAAUUUUAUCACAAUCACGACAACAUGCCGGAUUUCAGGGUGUUGCCAUUCAAAUGUACAAAGAUUUUGUAUUCGAACAUCAAGUAUAUCAGGGUAGCAAUCUACAUCGAAUGAUUCGAUCGGUCAUUGCUGUUGCAUUACCGCAGGAUGCAAAUUCAGAUCUACUCGAAAGAAAUGAUCUAAUAUUUGGUUUAUUGAAUUUUCUUCGUUACAUUAUGAUUCGUGAUAUACGUCAUCAAAAUCAUACACGUAUAUGGGAUGUAGCUAUUGUUAUACAGGAAAAUUUUCUAAAACCAUUACAUGAAGCAUUAGAAUUAUCCCGAAUUAGCUGUAAAUUGGAGCUAUGUAAAUUAAAAGAUAUGAAAUUGAAAAUGAACAAAAAUGAUCAUCAACAGCAAUUGGUAGGCAAAGGUAAUAAGAAGAAAAAAGGACAAAAUCAUCAUUCAUCAAAAAUCGAUCAAUCAGUUGUUAUUUAUCCGAAUGAAAAACCAAUACAAUGGCCAGAAAUGACAAUCGAACAGGAACAUAAACAAAUUAUGUUUGCAUUACAAAAUUUCGAUCUAAUCGAAAGUAUUCACACAAGACUUAAAGAAAUUAUUGAUGAACAGCAACAGCAGCAACCACAAUAAAGAAAUUUUUAGUCACAUUUAUAUAUUAGUGAGCGGAAAACAAAGAAAAAAAAAUGAAAUUUUUUUUCUUGUUUAUCUCUCAUUUCUUAUUUGCUCGUCAUCAUCAGCUAAUCUAUCGAUUUUAUUAUUAUUAUUAAAAUUCAGAAAAGAAAAGAAAAAAAAUUUCAUAUG